UUUUUCUUCUCCUUCUUCUUCCCUUCCCAUCUCCCUUUUCCUCCCCACAUUCUCCCCAGGUUUAUGCCUUUCUCCGCGGCCUGCGAGCUCGAUUCCUCUCCACUUCUUGUCUGCUCUUCUCUCUCUGACAAGCCACAAGUCCGACGCAGUGUGUGAGCUUUCAGCGCUUUUCGCGCGCGAAUGUCCGAGAAUCUUUCACGGAGAUUUCCUUUUCCGAGCAAUACGCCGAGGCUUUUUUGCACAACUCGAGGCGAGAGGAAGGACGGCGCGUGGAUUUUCGGUUCUUCUGCUCGAGACCUUUUCGCUAGUUCGUCGUUCCGCAGACUCCUCCUCCCGCCUCGAGAAGAGACACAAACCUGCUAGCUGCAGUGUGAAUUUCUCGGUGGAUGUUCAUCGCGACUUCUUCGUUGCUUUCUCAGCUGGCACCCAGUUCUCCAACCUCCCCCUCUCUCUCGUCUUUCUUUCCUUCUCUUCCUCUCGACGCGGACUUCCCGGCUCAUGCACCUCGCAUCUCUUUUUUCUUUUUCUGAGUCUCUUUUGCGGAAUUUGUGUCUGUGUUGCGCUGGCAUUUCCCCCGCCGGAGAAUCUCCUCUUCAAUCUCUGCAGCCAUGGGAGCAUUCAGGGAGGCGUCGUCGGCCAUGCGACGCCUAAAAACGCUGGCUUCCUUUUUCUCUUUCGAAGUUGUCUCGCCUUGUCUCAGCCGCUGAGUCUGCUAGUCCACGUCUGGACUCUCUUCUUUUUUCUAGUUUCUUGAGAUUUCUCAAGUAUCUUUUCCUCUGACUUCUUCUGCGCGAGAGUGGCGGCGGAGGCAAAGCGACGAGAUCCCUCUGGAGCCCCUUUUUUGAACUUGUUUCCCCCUCUCCUCUUCUCUCUACUCCCUGUCACUUUCUUCAUUGCCGUUCGUCUCAGCUCUUCUUUCUCUUAGAUCCUCGACUCUGCCGUUCCUCCGUUGAUCUCCCUCGCCUUCAUCAGCCUCGCCUUCAUCUGCGUCUGUGUGGAUCUUCUGUCUUCCUUUUUACCUCUGUUUUUCCCUCCUUCCAUCUCUUUUCAUCCGUCUUCGUCUCUGUUCCUUUCUGGCUCACUGUUUUUUUCUCUCCUUCUUCUCUUUACCCUCAGUCUGGCGCGCUCUCUCGUUCUUCGCUCCCUCCUCCACCUCUCCCUGCUCCUCCUCUUUCUGUUCCUCUUUCUUCUCUCCGUCUCUCCUCUCUCUCCCGCCUUGUGUUCACCGUUCUUCGCUUUUUCUGCUCCCUUUCGCGGAGAUGGCAGACCAGGCUGUGUUGCUUGCGCUGUCCUCUCUGUGUGGUAGCAGCGUCCGCUACGUGGACUUGGUGUUGCUUUCUUACAUGAGUCGACAGAAGAAGGUUUAUCUCGCUGUCGGCGCGCAGGCGCUGUUCCUGGUGCGGCGCGACUGGACGCGCGUCCUGACCGGUGGGGAGAUCCUUUACGGCAUGAUCAAGAGCGUCGUCGACGACGAAGCAAGCGAGAUGGAUCUCGUGCUCUCCCUCGACGCCGAGGAACUCGCAAGAAAGCAGAACAAAGUGUGGAUCGCCACAGAACCGAUCACAGUCACGACCAUCAACAAGGCUCUGCUUCUGCAGUGGCUCGAGGUCACCUGGUGCGCGGACUUCAUGCUCCGCAAAGGUCGCUUGGGCGUCUUCCCAAAGAUCGUCGAAAAACUGUCGGAAGAAGAUCAACACACAAACCAGUUCCCUGCGGUGCGACCUUUCAUCAAUACGCAACAGGUUGUGUAUGAUAGCUACGGUUUUUUUCUGCACCACGAGUUUGAGGAUCGUUCGGGGGGUGCGGAGACGCUGCAGACGGGGACUUACCUCGACGGCCGAGGAGUCGAAGUUUCGAUUUCCUUCGAUCCGCCAGUGAAUGUGCAGCAUUUGGAGGAGUUGGGCAGAGACAACGUUCGCCAUGUGGCUGUGGCGUGGAGAAAGGCUCUUCUCGAGAGCGACUUUCAAACGCAACUGAUGCGUUCUCAGCCAUACAUAAAAAAAAUGAAUCUCUGCGACGACCCCGCGUCCUGGUCGGGAUGGGAACUGUGGGUGAGGACGGAGACGCACACCAUCGUCUGCAUUAUUCUGCGUCGCAGCUACUUCCCUCCAAUGAUGGAUCUGUCGCAAGAUAUGACCCUCCUUUUCAGAAUCAGCUACGAGGAUCAAAAGGCGUACAACGUGAGAGACCUCGACUUUCUGAAGGAAGCUGAAUUCGCUGCCGAUUCCCUCGCGCCUCUGACACAGACGCACUCGUGGCUGAGAGAAAUUCUUCAGGCAAAACUAGACGCUCUCAUCUACCAACCUGACCAGUACCAGUGGUUCGCUCUCCAUCUCAAAAUGCAUCCAAAGUGGAUCUCCUACGCGAGAGUUUUUCUAAAAUCCAUUCUCGCUCUCUUGUACAAAGAAGGCGUCCUUGCCGAUCCAGAGCUGCUGGACCUCACGGGCAAGAACGUCGAAAUUGUGGAGGAUCCAAUGACCGUGGUGAGCGACCUGAUCAGACAAGGCGAAGGCUUGGAUCCCGUGAUCGACUCGAAGAUCAGCGGGGCGAUCAUGGCUGUCCGGAACUCGCGCAAAGACGCAGGUGCGCCGGAGACGGCGGAUCCGACGGCGGACCGAGAACUGAACGAGGAAGAAGAAGAAGCUGCUCUCCUCGACUCCGACUUAGAGCCCCAGGAAAUCCUUGCCUACCACCGGUGGAGCAUGCGCAUUAGUCAGUACCUCGCGUACUGCAUCGACGAAGGCAUUCUCGGCUACAAAUUCUCUCUCGCGGACCUCAGCGAGGCGAUCGGCCUGGUCUCUCAGGCUGCAGACCGCAAACUCCGGGAGAUCUUCGCCUUCAUUCUCCACUUGCGGCCAAAGAACAUGAUUCUUCGCUGGAGUGCAGACAGCCUACGCCAUGCAAAGACAACUCUGAAGAAACGCGACUAUGUCUUCAACGACCGCGUCUUUGUGUCUUUGGUGGACUGCGGAUUCAUGGCGAAACUGUUUGCAAAGGGAGAAGAAGCCGCCUACCUCGACCUUCUUCGCGUUCUCCUCCUCGGCGCGACUUCUCAGGGACUGAAGACGGCUCUUUGCAGGCAAAUCCUCAAGGCGUCUGGCGACCGGAGAGAAGCUCAGAGCAGCGAAGCGCUCUACACCGUCGUUCCUGCUCUUGUGAAUGUUCUGAGAAACAAAGUCAACAUGUCUGCAGGAAGCACUGUCUCUCUGCUGAACCUCGCGCUCUCUGCCUUGGUGAACUUGAGUGCGGGGGACCUCCGCGUGAAGGAGAUUCUUUUGGAGACAGACGUUUACCACGCAAUUGUUUUCGUCUUGAAGACCAAGGAAGAGAGCCUCCAGUUGCCGUGCGUCCAGCUGUCGAUGAACUUGACAAAGACCGGGGCGCACCGCCAGGCAUUCAUCUCCUCCGGUGCCUUCAAUCUUCUUCUCGACAUUCUCAUGGCGCAGUACUGCAGUCUGUACAUCCAGAAGCAGAAGCUCCUAGCGUGUGUUGCGGGACUGUUGGGCCAGCUCGCGAACGAGACGAAAGUUGCGCAAGACAUGGUUGACAACUACCCAGUGGUCGAUUGUCUCCUCUACAUGUUUCAUGCGCCAGAUACAACCAUCGAAUUCAGGUCAAAGGUGGUUUUUGCUCUCAAGCAGCUGUCGCAAGGUCGCUGGCUUGUUCAGCAGCGCGUAGGGAAACACUGCAUUCAAAGUCUCGUCACUGAACUGAGGGAAUCCGUGAGCCAUGUCGACUACACCACGACGGUUCUUGUUCUUCUUCAGACCUUAGCCGACUUUAAGCCGAAUUGCUUCGAUAUGAAGGCAGCAGGCGUCCAGGAAGCGUUCGAGUAUGUGCUCGGACGCACCAAGGUGGACAGCGUGUACACCCGCAUCGUGAGUCUUCAAGAACGAAUCACCCUACAGACUCGCUACGACUACUUUGCGACUUAAGGCGACUUCCAGUUUUGAUCGGAGGAGGCGUUCUUUCGUUUCUCGCGUUCCCUGCACCUCACGAGAGCUGUUGAAGUGACUCACACCCAAGGUAGGAGACAGAGUUUCCACCUCCUCUUGAAAAGAGCCAAGCGGACGGCAGGCCAAGCGCUUCAGACGAAGAACUUCAAACGCGAAUUCCCGACGUUUCCGGCGACACAAGGAAAAAGGUGGAAGGAGCGUUGGGACGCGCUGCGCGAGAUCCAGGCUCUUUCGAGGCCGUGAGGCCGCAAGUCAACGAAGAUAACCGAACAAAGGAAAUUCGUCCUCUCCGUCUUGAACUGCAUGUGAGCUGCAUGCAUAUCGAACUGCGAGUUCGGAGACACACAUCCUUCUCCACGGGCAUUUCCGGCAACGCAUUGGCAAGGCUCCUCCCAUUUGCGAGUAUGUUCGUCUCUGUUUGCCCGGUUCAUGCUCUGCUGUAUGACCUGGCAGAGUUAAGAUGACCGCUGCUGGCGAACGAGAGAACCAGCUGGUCGCCAUGGAUCUAUAUAACGAAGAAAUCCGGGGGGAGGGGAUCUACGAUCCGUCUUGGCACAACGUUGUGUCGUCAGAUUUUUUGCGCAUCUUUUCUCUACGAGAGCUCGCCGAAGUCGUCUGGCGUCUUCGAGGACGUCAGACCAAAGAGCUUUCUGAUCGCUUCGCAAACAACCAAGGGAAACAGAAUGCUUCAAGAUGUUCCAACGUACCUAGUACGGUUAAUACCUGCCAAGGGAUCUUAACAGAAUAGAGUCACGUUAGCAAAACGAGUUUUGAGAGACCGGAAGACGGCGGAGCAGAGGAGGAGACAGUCAAAGUGCCGUUCCCUCUGUCAUCAUAGAGUCUCUGAGUUUGCGUCUGUUUUUCUCUGAAAGACGUUUCGUCGGGAAUUUCGAAGUGCAUGCGGUUUCCCUCAAAAGAAAGACGCAUCUGUUCACACAGCUUCGUGUGAUGCGGCAGCAGGCUACGGACUUAAGUGCACACGAGUGACCACAGAGAUCCAUGUAGGACGCGUAGAGCAGAGGCGCUGUCGAAGUAUCUUGAUGCCGUCGGAAAAGGACAGGAACGACCUUUACCUGUUCUGUGUACUUCCGUCUGAACUCCUGUGGGUUGAUUUCCAGCAAAGUCUGGCUCUUUGCAUGCGCUUGCUCUCGCGCGGCAAAUUCGUUUACUUUUUUUCGUUUCUCGCAGUCACAUGUGAGCUGCUUGGUACGUGUACUUCUUGGAAAGGUG